AUGGCAAACAUAUUUCAAAUUCCAACUCCACUGAAGUAUAUUUUUAAUGGUUUCCCAUUGAAAACUUAUGGUCCAAUAUCCAAUACGGAUAAAUCCAUGGUAAAAGAAAUUGAAUCAAGAAGAUACUACUUCAGAGGUACAAAUUCGAUUAAAACUACACUAGAUGACACUUUUUUACUUGGUGUAUAUAAUGUGUUUGAGGAUGAGCAAACGAACUCAAUUUUAGCAACAGAUCCAAUCUGUUUAUUUGUUGAAAUCGUUUUAUGCCAACAAAAUUCGCUGAAACUUCCACAAGCAAAUGUAAAUAGAGAUACCGAAAGAGACGCAUACACUUGUAGUUUAGCUUGUUUAUCCCCUUUAUCCAAUAAAGGAGAAGAACUCCCCAUAUUAGCCGAAGGUUUCAAGAAACGAUUUAUCAGAUCCAGUUUUUUGAUUAACGAGAGCAUUAAGAUUAAGAUGCAACAUAACCAGAGCAACACAGAGAUGCUUUAUGUAGAGUUAUUAGACAGCUCGAUAUAUGACGGAUGGAUAUCUCAUGUAUUAUUUACCUUGGACAAGACUGGAUUUUCUAAACUAUACCUUUUUGACACAAACCAAUCAGUGUUUUCUGUUAAGGAAUCGUUAAUAAAGAGUAACGGGUUUUCAUUGCGUCACAGACGAUUAUCAGAGUAUUUAUCCAAAAAGGUUACGAUACAUACCAAAACAGAAGAUAUCCAAAAAGAAUUAAUACAACCAAUAGUAUCCAAUUGUGAAGAGACCUUACUAAAGUUUGAAGAAAUUAUUAAGAAAGAACCAACUUUAUGGUCAAACAAUAAAUAUGACACAAUAAUCAACUAUUUAAAUAUAAAAAUAAUCAGCUAUGUGAAAUGUUUAUUGAAUCUUCCAGAUACAUCGUCAUUGAGACUUUUUCUUGUUGAGAGAUGCCCAAACUUGAUCAAAUAUGCCGAGGACUCUAUAAUCAAAUAUAUCGAUGAACAAUAA